AUGGCCGAGCCAUUAUUCCCCGACCCCACGUCGGAUCUCGGGUGGAGCGAUUACAUUGGUGCAAUCCACGAGCACUUUGGCAAGAAUGCUCUUGCGCACCCUUCGCGAGUCUGCGUUACAGAGACCAAGAGCUCUACGUCGCCGACGAGAAGCUUCGAUUAUCGGCAAAUAUACGAGGCUUCCAACACAAUCGCCAACCAUCUGCACGAUGCAGGCAUCACCAAUGGAGAUGUGGUCAUGAUCUUCGCCAACAGAACUGUAGAGCUGAUCUGCGCAUUUAUGGGAGUUUUGGCCGCUGGAGCUACAGUCACCGUCCUCGACCCGCUGUACCCGCCGCAAAGGCAGCAAAUCUAUCUCGAGUCGGCCCAGCCCAAGGCCAUGAUCUCGAUUGGCAAGACCAUUGACGAAAAUGGGCCUCUUGCUCCGCUCGUGCAGAAGUAUGUCGACGAACAACUGUCUCUCAAGACCCAGAUUCCUGAGCUCCGAAUGAGUGACGACGGCAUCCUCUUUGGCGGGAAAGAGGAUGGCGUGGAUAUCUUCGACAGACUGCGCCCCAAAGCCUCAUCACCCCCCGACGUUCUCGUCGGCCCAGACUCUGUCUCUGUCAUGUCCUUCACUUCGGGAUCCGAGGGAAGGCCUAAAUGCGUGUUGGGGCGUCAUUACAGCUUGGCAAAGUACUUUCCCUGGAUGUCGAAGCGCUUCAACCUCUCAGCAGAUUCCAAGUUUGCUUGCCUUAGCGGAAUUGCCCACGAUCCCAUUCAGCGAGACAUAUUCACGCCGCUUUUCCUUGGCGCUCAUCUUCUGAUUCCAGCCAAGGAGGACAUCGCGCACGAGAAGCUGAGCGAAUGGAUGCGGGAUUGGUCACCCACCGUCACGCACUUGACUCCCGCAAUGGGCAAUGUGCUUGUGGCAGCAUCCAGCGCCAAGUUCCCCUCCCUGCGUCAUGUCUUCUUUGUUGGCGAUGUUCUGACAACCCGCGACUGCAAGGCCCUGCAGAGGUUGGGGCCAGCAUGCCGUAUAGUGAACAUGUACGGUACCACCGAGACUUCCAGGGCGGUCUCCUACUUUGAAAUUCCUUCCGCCGAAGAGGACCCCGCCGCUCUGGACUCGCUGGGUGACACCAUCCCCGCUGGAUGGGGAAUGGAGAACGUCCAGGUUCUUGUCGUAUCUCAGAAGGAUGGCAAGACGCUGUGCGGUGUUGGAGAAGUGGGCGAGUUGAUGAUACGAGCUGCCGGACUUUCAGCCGGCUAUCUCAAUGACCCUAAGCUAAACAAAGAGAAGUUUGUCGACAACUGGUUUGUCGAUAAUAACAAGUGGGUAGAGGCUGAUAAAUCCAAGGAUAAGGGGGAGUCGUGGCGCGCCUUCUAUAAUGGCCCUCAUGAUAAGCUCUAUCGAACGGGAGACCUCGGCCAGUAUCUUCCCUCAGGAGCCGUGCGUGUAUCUGGACGAAUUGACUCCCAGGUCAAGAUUCGUGGUUUCCGGAUUGAGCUCAAUGAGAUUGACGCCAAUCUGAGUAACAGCCCUCUUGUGCAAGACUGCAAGACGCUUGUCCGGAGAAACGCCCAUGAGGAGCCUAAGCUUGUUAGCUACAUCGUUCCCGAGCUUGCUGAGUGGAAGCGCUGGCUGGAGGCCAACAAUCAAGAAGAUCUCGAGGAUGAGGGUAUCGAGAUUGGACCUGCUGUUGUUUACCUCAAGAGGUUUCGCGCCCUUCAGGCGGUUGUUCGUGACCAUCUCAAGGACCGUCUUGCGUCUCACUCGAUACCCUCAGUCUUGAUUAUGCUGAAGAAGCUUCCCCUUAAUCCAAACGGCAAGGUUGACUCCCCGAAUCUGCCUUUCCCUGAUGCGGCGCAAAUCAUGGAGGAAGCCUCGGCAGAGGACCUGGCGAGCUGGGAGUCCCUAUCAGAUACAGAAAAGACUGUCGCCUCGCUCUGGGCAACUCUUAUCCCAGGCCUAAACGCCAAAACGCUCAGGCCCGGCUCGGACUUCUUCGACUGCGGCGGGCACAGCUUGCUCGCCCAGCAAAUGUUGCUAUCUGUACGAAAGGACCUGAAGGCAGAUAUUCUUAUUAGCGUUCUUUAUUACCACCCGACUCUGCGAGGCUUGAGCAGCCAGGUCGACCAACUACGCAGUGGCCAAGCUGUCGAAAAGCAAUCCGAACCCAACUAUGCUGAAUCAUUGGAUAAUUUGAUGAAGACCCUGGAUGAAAGUUAUCAGACGGCGGAUCCAGAUGCCCUGAGCCCAUCAAGCGGUGCCACGUUCUUCCUCACUGGUGCCACAGGUUUCUUAGGCGCAUAUCUAGUAAAGGAUAUCUUGGAGAGAGGUAACACCAAGCUCAUUACACACAUCCGUGGAGCCAAGGAUGUUGCUUUUGCCAAGGAGCGCCUGAGAAGAUCGCUCAAAGGCUAUCUAUUAUGGCAAGACUCGUGGGAGGAUAGAAUCUCGUGUGUUCUUGGCGACCUGUCCAAGCCCCGCCUCGGUCUUGAUGAUGCCAGUUGGAAGCACAUCGCCGAGACAGCAGAUGUCAUAGUCCACAACGGUGCCUACGUCCACUGGAUUGCCCGAUAUGAGCAGAUGCUGAGCAGCAACGUACUUUCUGUUAUCGAUGCAAUGAAGCUCUGCAAUGAGGGCAAGGCUAAGCUUUUCUCCUUUGUCUCCUCAACUUCGACUCUGGACACCGACUACUACUACAACCUCUCGAGGGACCAGGUCGCCAUCGGCCGCGGCGCCGUGCUUGAGGCAGAUCCUAUGGAUGGUAGCAGAGAAGGUCUGGGAACUGGGUAUGGGCAAACCAAAUGGGUUUCUGAGCAACUGGCUCGCGAGGCUGGCAGGCGAGGUCUCCGUGGCUCCGUCGUCCGAGCUGGGUACAUUCUCGGCGGCCACAACGGUGUGGUCAACACGGACGAUUUCCUCGUAAGACUUUUAAAAGGGUGUCGCGAGCUGGGCGCCAGGCCUCGUAUCAUCAAUACCGUCAACACCAUCCCAGUCGAUCAUGUUGCCAAGGUCGUCGUCGCCUCGGCCCUGAACCCUGCACUGCCCGGAGUGAAUGUCUGUCACGUCACUGCACACCCGAGACUACGCAUGAGCGAGUUCCUCUCGGCGCUGAGCUACUACGGGUACGAUGUUCCUGAAGUCGACUACGAGGAGUGGAAGACGCGGCUCGAGGAGUUCGUGCUGGCCGGCUCGGUCGAGAAGGAUCAGGAGCAGAGCGCGCUCAUGCCAUUGUUCCACAUGGCCACGUCCGACCUGCCGUCAACAACGCGCGCGCCUGAGCUGGAUGACAGGAACACCGUGGCUGUCCUCAAGGGCGACGCUGAUCGCUGGACGGGCGUUGAUGAUAGUGCUGGCGAGGGCGUCACGCGCGAGGAUAUCGGGAGGUACCUGAGGUUUCUGGCAACGAUCAAGUUCUUGCCUUGGCCGACCGGGCGCGGGCGCGAGCUGCCACCUAUUUCAGCCGACGUCGCGGAGGCUCAGGCACAAUGGGGAGUGGGCGGUCGUGGUGGCGCCAGUGCAUGA